UUACCCUCCAUUCUCCACUAAAUCCCAUUCGCUCCGGAGAUAGGUGAUUGGCUUGGAUGCGCACACGCACACGCACACACCCUCUCUCGCGCGCUCGCGUGCAUCCCCCCCCUCUGGUCAACGUGGGCUCAUCAGGAGCGCGAGUGCCGCAGUUUGCCCGGGCAGUGUAGUGGGUUAGUCACUACUACUACUACUGCUGUUACUAAUACAGCCUGGAACUGAGGAUUCAGAAGCCCUGAACACGUGAACAGGACACACCAGACUGAGACCCAGGACUGGAACGGAGAAGAAGCUCAUUCAUGCAGUAGAGAGAGUAACUCAGUCUCUGCUUUUACAUCUCAGUGCUGGAUUACUUUGAGAGAAGACUCUGAAGGACUGAAGAUCAGGAAGAUAAGAAAGAUGUUCUCUGGAUGAAGUUCUGGACUGAAACAAAAAGCUCCUGUUUUUUAACACAUUCGCUCAUGGACAUUCUUUUCUCUUGUUUCCUCAGUUUCACCUAAUCUAUGGAUUUCUCCUCUGAGGAAACCCAGAUAGCAAAAGGAAUUUUUCUCUGGGAACUGCAAAGUCGCUUGGUUCAGUGGAGGCACUCAUGACCCGUGCCUCUUAUGAAGAGGAUAAAGAGGGGGCGUCCUGUGGUAAACUUCAGCAACACUCUUGCGCACUAGGGGUGGGACAAAAUAUCAGUAUUGCGAUAUAUUGUAUUGUUUUGCAUUAUAUUAUCGAUACAUGCCACCAAACAUAGGUUCUGUAAACUUCUUUAGACUCCCCCCAAAUUUGACUUACUGAAGUUGCUGCUUCAUUACCUGCAGGGAAGAAUAUUGGUUGUGAAAUUCUGUGAAAUUGACACUAGUAAAUGCGUAAUUUUUGGCAUUUUCUUAUUUAAGAAUAUUCCAUCUUCUUUUGUAACACACACAGAUGCCAUGAAUGAUCUUAGUUAGAGAUCUGUUUUGUGAUAUAUAUUGAGUAUUAUAUCAUAUCGUGAGAUGCCCUGUGAUUUCCACCCCUAUUGCACAAGCAAUCACGCCACUGCAGCUUAGUAACUGACCAUGUCGGCCAUCCGACGCAAAUUUGGCGACGACUACCAGGUGGUCAACACCAAGACCGGGCAUGGCUGCACGUUUCCAGCACCAGCCAAGAGGAAGCGGCAGCGCUUCGUGGAGAAGAACGGCCGCUGCAACGUCCAGCACGGCAACCUGGGCGGAGAGACCAGCCGCUACUUGUCUGAUCUCUUCACCACGCUGGUGGACCUGAAGUGGCGCUGGAACUUGCUCAUCUUCCUGCUCACCUACACGGUGGCCUGGCUGAUCAUGGCCUCCAUGUGGUGGGUGAUCGCCUACAUCAGGGGUGACCUGGGACAAGGCCACGACGACUCGUACACACCCUGCGUCGCCAACGUCUACAACUUCCCCUCCGCCUUCCUCUUCUUCAUCGAGACAGAGGCCACCAUCGGCUACGGCUACCGCUACAUCACCGAGAAGUGCCCAGAGGGCAUCAUCCUCUUCCUCUUUCAGUCGCUGCUGGGCUCCAUCGUAGACGCCUUCCUCAUCGGAUGCAUGUUCAUCAAGAUGUCGCAGCCCAAGAAGCGAGCAGAGACACUCAUGUUCAGCCAGGACGCGGUCAUCUCCCAGCGAGACGGCAAGCUGUGCCUCAUGUUCCGCGUGGGCAACCUGAGGAACAGCCACAUGGUGUCGGCGCAGAUCAGGUGCAAACUUAUUAAGUCUCGUCAGACUCCUGAGGGCGAGUUUCUGCCUCUGGACCAGAGGGAGUUGGACGUGGGCUUCGGGACGGGCGCCGAUCAGCUCUUCCUCGUCUCUCCUCUCACCAUCUGCCAUGAGAUAAACCCCAAGAGCCCCUUCUUCGACCUCUCCCAGCGCUCCCUCAUGAGUGAGCAGUUUGAGAUCGUCGUGAUUCUAGAGGGCAUCGUAGAAACCACAGGUAUGACCUGCCAGGCCCGUACAUCCUACACUGAGGACGAGGUUCUGUGGGGUCACCGCUUUCUUCCUGUAAUGUCUCUGGAGGAGGGCUUCUUCCGGGUUGACUACUCUCAGUUCCACAGCACCUUUGAGGUUAACACACCACCCUACAGCGUCAAGGAGCAAGAGGAGACGUCCUGCCUGCCCUCCCCAGCUCCCCCACUCACCCCCACCCCAGGUGACCCCAGGAACAGCCGCAGGGAGCGCAUCUUCUCCCUGGACGCCGCUCCGCAGGAGGAGCCUGUCUCCAGGCUGCCCAGCAAGCUCCAGCGCAUGAGCUCCAGAAAUGGCAAAGAGACCCUGAAAGCCAGCAGCGGUCCAGCAGCACAGCAGGCCAGCGAGAAAGCAUCCAGCACGGGGGACCUGCCCCUGAGGAUCCAGCGUGUGGGCUCCUUUGCCAGCCCAGAGGACCCGGGAGGAAACCAACAGCUUAAUCUGAAGCCUCUGAAGAUCAGUUCAGAGACCCACACCCAGUCAACGGGAGAACUAGAGCACCACAGACUGACUCCGCUGCCUCCACCCAUUCCAGGGCCAAAUCUCAACCCCCUGCCCGCAGUCGGCAGCCGGCCAGAGGACAAUCUGCCCGCCAAACUCCGUCGGAUGAACGCGGACCGCUGAGGCUUAUAACCAAUGGACUCGAGACACAGACAUACAAGCAAAACGCCUAGGAGGCCAGAGCUCGUAAUUAUAGCAAGAUUUUAAUAUAUACCUAUACUGGACUAUACUGUGAUUCUUUUAAAUCAGUGGUUCCUGGCUCUGGUUCUGGAGUAUCUCUAUAUAUUGUUUGGUGCGAUUAAUAAGCAUCAAUACCGAAACAUAUUCUCUAAAUACAUUUUACGCAGGAAACAAAUCACAGGAUCAGAUUUGAAUACAAAAAAAUAUUGUUUUUAAAACAUGAUACAGCUUGUUUUAAUUGGACUUUUUAAAACUUUGUUUAUGAAAUAAAAAUAAAAUACACAAUCAAGAAAAACUACACAAAA